AGGAAUUCAUCCAUUUGAAGAGUUAGACGUCGGAUAGAUUACUUCAAAAAAUUCAAGAAAUUGAACUGAGCUUCAGUUUUUCGAUCAUGCUUAGAAGAAGUGAACGUUUGAGAAACAACGGAUACUAUGAUAUGGAUGGACAACCUGUUAUUUCAUACAGGGAGGCGCCAAUCAGGGCCAUAAGGAGGCGCUUAACAGGUCGUCCUGAAAACCACCCUGCAGUCACAUUUAGAGAGAGGUCACAUUAUUCUGGUGACAAUGUGAUUGACAGAGAAAGACAGAUGAUGAUGACUCUGUUGCAGGGUGGUUUUGAUAUAUCAGUCUUUGUCUUUCUCAUCUUCGUCACUUUUGGAUGUAUUUGCUGUAUUAUUUCCUUCCACUCACGAUCUUCACAGUUGUCUCUCACAACUCUAACAGACAUGGUUACGAUCUUUGGACGCAAGGAUCAAAGACAUCUCUCCAACCUGGAGCUCUUGGAGCAGAAGGUUGACUACCUUCUGCCACAAGCAGACCUGUGGCCCAACUUUGCUCUGGAGUCUCAAGGAGCAAAUAUUUUACACAAGAUGACCUCAGAGGCUUAUGACAUCAAUAAAGAAGUUGGAAGGUUUGGGAAAUUGUUCAAGAGACCUCCUAUUGGCCCAGGCAUUGUUAUUAAGGGAAAAAAUCGUCUGCAACCUGGAAAAUGCUGGGCCUUUCCAGGUUUCCAGGGACGUUUGGGCGUCUCACUUUCACACCCAGCCACCAUCAGACAUGUGUCCCUGGGUCACAUUGCUAAGACUGUGUCCCCAACGUCCUCUGUCUCUAGUGCUCCCAAAGAAUUUUCUGUAUAUGGAAAGAAGAAUUUAGAAGAUGAGGAAACUCAUUUGGGAACUUUCCAAUACGAUGAAGAUGGAGACCAAAUACAGACCUUCAAACUUCCUGCCGAUAAAGUUGGUUCCUUCCGUCAUGUGACUCUAAAGGUGAACAGCAACUGGGGUCAUCCGGACUACACCUGCCUCUAUAACUUUAGAGUGCAUGGAGAAAUUGCAAAAUGACGAGGAGAAAUGGAUGACAUAUGGAGAAAACUAUUUUUUUACCCUUUGAUAUAUCUCUUUUGUAUAUGUUUACACAAUUAAUUUUAAUUCCUCACAAAAAGUCCUCACAGUCAACCGUAAGUAGCACAAUGGCACAGUUAGUAGCACUGUUACCUUUCAGAAAGAGGUUCAGACGUAAUAAAAGUGGGAUUUGUGGGUUUUCUCCGGGUGCUCCGGCUUCCUCCCUCAGACAUUUUAAAAUUGGCACGUGUGGGUUCUCUCUGGAAGCUCCGGCUUCCUCCCACAGAAAUAAUAAAAGUAGGAUUUGUGGGUUCUCUCUGGGUGCUCCGGCUUCCUCCCACAGAAAUAAUAAAAGUAGGAUUUGUGGGUUCUCUCUGGGUGCUCCGGCUUCCUCCCACAGAAAUAAUAAAAGUAGGAUUUGU